UUUCAGAUUUCUUUCCUUUAGAGCUGACUUGGUCAAUGUAUGCGCGUAUUUAAGUUAAACUGAGUGAGCUCAACUAGCAGCACAGCAAGAGAAUCCUGUAAGUUUGUAACAGUCAGUUGAGUUGAGUAAAAAACAGUUGGAGAUCUGCUAUAUAUCUCCUCUAUGUCUGGUUUUGAAAGACCUGUCUUGAAGUUGAAGGGUAUGCAACAUUCCAGCAGUGAGUCAUCUCUACAUCUGAAAGUAGAUGAAUCACCUCAAUCAUCGGUCAGCGAAGAAAGGAAGAUCACGUCAGAACCUUAUCAAUGCAAUGGUAGUCGUCAGCGUGAAUCCAAUAAAGAGGAAUCCAAAGAAGACGAUAAGAAACCCCAGGGAUGCAUAAUACUUCUUCAAGCAGGGGUUGCUUUACUGGACGAGCCAUUGAUUGAAGAAAGGCGGCCCAACCAAGGGAUUAUGUGGCAAAUGGAACCCAACGUCAUACAGGACACUCAAUGUGAGAAGCUUAGGUGGGUUGAUCAGAGCAACCCCAUGGAAGAUCUUCAAUAUCAUGUUUUGGAGAAGGAAACAAGAAUUUGCGAGUUAGAGUAUGAGCUACAGUGCAGAGAUGAUAAAAUCAAGAUCUUACAGUUGAAGAAAGAUAACUUAGAAGAGGAUGUUCAAGAAAUGAAGAACGAAGUGUAUGCGAUGUGGGUAGAGAUGAUGAAGUGUUCGAGGAACAAGAAUAAUAUAUCCAUGGCUUUGGUUUUUUCUUGGAUUUUCUUUGCUGUAGUCUUGUUUUAUCUCAAAUUCUAGGUGGGGUUGUAAUUUAAGAUUUCCUUCAAGAUUUAGUAAGGGGACUUGAUUUGUCAUAUUUUGGUAUUGUAUUUGUAGUUGUUAUGCAGUUACAAUGGUACUUGAAUAAUGAAAUGCAAUCAGAACUAAUUUGAUAACA